AAGCUUUCCAGAAGGAUGGCCUCCCUCUUGGAGCUGAAGGAAAUCUUCCGCAAUGCCGAUGCAGUGUGCUUUGAUGUGGAUAGUACAGUCAUCAAGGAAGAAGGAAUCGAUGAGCUGGCGAAAUUCUGUGGAGUUGGGGAUGCUGUGGCAGAAAUGACACGGAGAGCUAUGGGAGGCUCCGUGACAUUCAAAGCUGCUUUAACGGCACGACUAGGACUUAUACGUCCCUCCUGGGAGCAAGUGCAAAAACUAAUUUCAGAACAUCCUCCUCAGCUCACACCAGGCAUAAGGGAGCUGGUAAGCAGGCUUCAUCAGCGAGGCAUCCAAGUCUUCUUAGUAUCCGGAGGGUUUCAGAGCAUUGUGGAGCACGUCGCUUUACAGGUGAACAUUCCAACAGCAAAUGUGUUUGCCAAUAGGCUGAAGUUUUACUUUAACGGAGAAUAUGCAGGGUUUGAUGAGACACAACCAACAGCUGAAUCAGGUGGAAAAGGAAAAGUUAUCAGUCAUCUGAAGGAACAGUUUCACUUUAAGAAGGUAGUUAUGAUUGGAGAUGGAGCUACAGACAUGGAGGCAUGUCCCCCUGCUGAUUGCUUCAUUGGAUUUGGAGGAAAUGUAAUCAGGAAACAAGUAAAGGAGAAAGCCAAAUGGUACAUCACUCACUUUGACGAACUGCUUAAAGAACUGGAAGAACGAUAA